CCGCACAGACAUACGCGCGAAUAUGUCGUCUAUUGGCCCCCAGAUUCCGCCGCAUUUACUCAAUCAGACUAAGCCAUCGACAUCCGACGACGACGAAGAAGCUGGUCCGCAAUUACCACCUGAACACGCCUCUGCAAAUAGGUCAGAUGAACAACGAGGCCAGAAGCAAGAAGAGGAAGAAAGCGAUGAAGACGACUAUGUCCCGGCUCUUCCGCCUGACCUGGCAGCCUCACGCAGAGCUGGACCCUCCCUACCUUCUCUCAGCCCGCCUCGCGCCUCACCUCCCAAGAGGGUGAUAGGACCAUCAUUCCCACCGCCCAGUUUUCAGGAAGACGAUGACGAUGACGAAGUGGGCCCUGUGCCGUUACCAGCAGGAGCGGGCCCCGUAGAGGAGGAUGGUGUGAGGGAAUUCCUGGAGAGAGAAGAGAGAAGACGGAAGGCGGCUGAGGACGCUGCCAAACCGAAAGCGCUGCAGCGAGAAGAGUGGAUGUUAGUCCCUCCUUCGUCGCAGGGCCUUCUGGGAUCCUUGGACCCUGCGAAGCUACGUCAAGCGCGACAGUUCUCUAAAAGCACGAACGUCAAAUCGACCGAUACGACUCUCUGGACCGAGACACCCGCCGAGCGUCAGCAGCGCCUCGCCGACGAGGUGUCGGGUAAAAAGCGGCGUAUCGAGAACGCUGAGCCGGAUGUGGAUGCGGAGGACGCGUUGAGGAAGAGGAGGCGCGACGAGGUCGUGAGGCAAGGCGUCGAAGAGUACACGCGCAAACACCGUGGCCCGACAUUACUACAACAACAUGCGACUUCCGAGAAGUCUUCGAAAGAUAAAGCUGGGUCGGAGGAGCCGCCAGUUAUAUGGGACCACGCGAGGGACAUGGCUCUCGGUGGUCGCUUGAUGGACGACAAGAAGCGUGACCAAAUUAUCAACGACUCGAAAGGCUUGAGCGAUCGCUUUGGGGCUGGGCGGACAGGAGGGUUCUUAUGAGUGCAUCGGCUUCAUCGUAAGCUUUUCCAUCUGGCAUUUAUCGCUAUUCAGCUGUAGUGACUGUAGAGUAAACUCUUGUCGUGUAUUUGAAGGAAUACGACUAACGCGAACAGUUGGGCGCAGUGAUG